UAUAUAUAUAUAUAAGGGCCAAUGGGCCAUUAGUUUGGUCCAACAACGAGAGAGCGCUCCUAAUUCUAAAAAGCAACAACCAAUUCGUCAACCGCGCCUCCCCGCGUGUUUCGCUACACGACAAACCCGCCAACAAGUAUUUCUUCACCAACUCCACUCUCUCUCUCUGUGUACGAACGUGAUACCGAUCCGUUCACUCUGAUCAUUCGCCAUGCCUUCCCGCCAGCCCAUGCCCCCGCCGCCGCCGCCGCCGCCGCCGCCACCGCCGAAGCCACCGCCGCAUACCGCGGCCAUCCGCCACCACCCCAUGGUCGUCCCACUUAUUGCUGCGGUGGCUCUGGCAACCGUCUUCGCAGCGGCCUCUGCUCUAAUCUUUUUCCUCUAUCGCCGCGUGAGUCGAAGGGGCUCCCUCUCGAUGCCGGUGGUGCAGCCACCGGCGUUGCAGCACUUCAGCUACGAGCAGCUGCGGCGAGCCACUGGGUCUUUCUCCCCUUCCCAUCGCCUUGGACAGGGAGGGUUCGGUCCUGUGUUCCGCGGUGCUCUCCCCAAUGGUCAGGCCAUCGCCGUCAAGCUCAUGGAAGCCGGAUCCCUCCAUGGCGAUGUCCAGUUUUUGAAUGAGCUCGCCCUCGCGGAGAAGAUGGUCACCUUGGAUCGCCGGUGGGUGCUUCCCCCUCUCGGCUUCUGCCACUCCCGAUCCAAGCCAGCUCGAUGGCGACGCUUCAAGCGGGAGACGAGCAUCGACGAUGAUGAUCCGUCUCCGGGGCGACGGGUUCUUUUGGUGUACGAGUUGAUGCACAACGGUAGUCUCCAGGAUGCGUUGCUCGACCGGCGUUGUCCGGAGCUCCGUGAUUGGUCUCGCCGCUUCUCCGUGGCCCUCGAUAUCGCCCGCGGCCUUCAGUUCCUUCAUUCGAUAUGUCCCCCGGUGAUCCAUGGAGAUAUCAAGCCCAGCAACAUUCUCCUUGAUGCCAAUCUCUCUGCUCGGAUCGCUGACUUCGGUCUUGCGACAUUCAAGAGCUCCAUCGGCGAUGAACUUCAGCGUGAUGAAGAGGACGCCGUCGAGAAGACUAAAAAGAUCGAAGAUGGUGCUUCGGUUAUCACGGUCGAGAGCUUGGUUACGACGACGGCGACGACGGAGACCUAUGAGAAGACGAAGACACAGGGGCAGGAGGAGGAUGAACGGUUUUCCAGAGUUGAAGAAACCGAGACGUCGUCCUCUCAAAUGGAGGUUGCGGGUUGUUUGGAUGUGGCUUCAACUUCGGAAACGGUAGGGUUCGAUAGGCUGAGUGUCGACAGCGAAACGCAGAGAAGCAGCCGGAAAAGACCUGGUGGCGUGCUCUCCAGCAAGGACUACGUGAUGGAGUGGAUCCGCUCGGAGAUCAAGAAAGAGCCUCCAAGGAGCGAUUGGAUCGCCGCGUCUUCUCCUUCGGUCUCGUCCGGGAGUGGCAAGCGGAAGGCGUCGGAGAAGCGGAAGCACCAACGGAGACUCGAGUGGUGGGCAUCUCUCGACGAGGAUCGUACAAAGAAGAAGGAGAAGAGCCGGCCAGCAAGGGAGUGGUGGCGUGAGGAGUUCAGCGAGGAGCUGGAGAACAAACACACGCUCGCAACGAUUACCAAAUUUUCUAGCAAUGCUGAAGCUGAAGAACAACAAGGGUGGCUAAACAAUGACACUGAUUCAUCGAUGAGCACAAGAAGGAAGAAGAAGAGGAAGAAGAAGACGAGUGGAGGAACCGGUGGGCAGAGUGGCCAGGACUCUGUAGACUUUCCCAAAGGCAGCACCUUUAGUAGCACUCCAAGCUUGCGAGGCACAGUAUGUUACGUUGCCCCUGAAUUCGGCGGUCGCCGGGGGCAAUCAUCAGAGAAAUGCGACAUUUAUAGCUUUGGAGUUCUACUCUUGGUCAUUAUCUCCGGCCGGAGACCAUUGCAAGUGACUGCCUCUCCAAUGUCUGAGUUUGAGAGGGCUAAUCUCAUCUCAUGGGCUCGGCAGCUUGCUCGCUUGGGGAGGCUUCUUGACUUGGUUGAUCCAUCUCUCAGUGCCGUGGACAAAGAACAAGCUCUUCUCUGCAUCACUGUUGCUCUGCUUUGCAUUCAAAGGUCUCCAGCACGGAGGCCUUCUAGCAAGGAGAUUGUGGGAAUGCUUUCUGGUCAGUCAGAGCCUCCCAGUCUCCCUCUGGAGUUCUCUCCACCACCUCCUGGAAAAUUCACAUCCAAGUCCCGCAGGAAAUCCAAAUAUCAAGAAAAAACCAAGAAAGAAAAGGAUGCUUUUGUGCAAAGUAUACACAGAGGAUUUCAAAUCUGAAGAAAGUUCUUGUGUGUCUAUCAGAAAGAAAGGUCAUUCGCGUUUGUAUGUGCAUGCUGGGAUGGCUUUAUGGGACAUGAAAACACACUAUUCUGAAAGUUAUAGUAUUGUUCUGUGUCUUCUGGACCCAGUUUUCUGUUAGCUUUGUUCCAUUUGUGCAUAAUUGCUGUGAAAAGCAAAAGGACUGCUCAAAGUCCUGCCACUUCUUUUGGCAUUGUAUGUAUUGUCUGGUUUACCUUUUUAUUUUUUUUAUGUGAGAGUACGGUAGUUCUUGAGGAGCACAGAGUCUCUCUCAAGUGGAGGUGGGGAUCAUUCAAAUGUCAAUUGUCAUAUAGGGGUGACACUGUGGUAGUUGGUGACCUAUUUUCAUUUUCUAUACUGGAUUGUUGUUAGUAAUUUAAGAGAGAAUCAUGUGGUGCUGAAAUAUAAAAUUAAAAAUAAUUUUGUUUG